UUAUUAUAAAAUAAUUUUUCAAAUUUAUGAUAUAUUAUCAUACAUAUGCUGCAUGAUGAUACAAUAUGUCCCAACUUUAAAUUCAAAUAUCUACACCUGCAGCAUUGUUUUUAAUACAUUAUAUUUUUUUAUUACAGCAGUAAGCAUGGGUCUCAUACAGCAAGAUGCAGUGACACAGCAAACUGGGAAAGACUCAAUUAAUAUAAACAAAAGUGAUGAUCAGAAUAGUGACAACGACGAUGAUGAUAUAAGUGGUACUAGCAAUUUGAAUACCAAUAUAGCACUAAGUAUGGACCUCAUCCUGCAGAAUUCAGUCAAAAACCCAACUGAGGGGGAAAUAUUUGAUAGCGUGAACAGUGACUUUGAUGAUGAUGAUGAUAGUAGUGAUUCUACCAAUUCAACCACCGAUAGAAUUCCGGAUGACUUAUAUGAAUGCAAAGAAUGCAAAAAACAAUUCAAAUAUAAAUCUUGGUACAUGAACCAUAGCACUACACACUCCGUGAAUGGAGUACACCAAUGCAGAUAUUGCCCCAAAUUAUUUAAACGCAGAGACAACUUAGAAAGGCAUUUCCUCACACAUUUUGGUGGUAUAGGGCACGACUGUACAGUAUGUGGACGGUCAUUUUUAUUGAAACACAACCUAAAGAUGCACAUAGAUAUGCAACACAAGUUAUUGGUACUACACAAAUGUAGUAAAUGCCAAAUUGUAUUUAAAGAUCGACGUAACCUACGUUACCAUGAUAAUGUAAAACAUACCAAUAUUUGUCCGUAUAAAUGCCCACCUUGUGGACAAGCUUUUGGCGCGCCUAACCAAUUAAACCGUCAUCGACGACAAAAUAACCAUUAG